AUGGAGCAGCCAAGGAUUGAGCACCAGCAGUGUGUCAGCCAGGGCAACAUGACAUGUCUGCCGCCUUCCCUGCCACUCUUGGAGAGCCCCAGGAUUCAGGAUGGAGUCUCAGUGAAGGAACCACUGCAGGCGGUGACAAGGCAGAGCGGUGUGGGGGUGGAGGGCAGUGGCCCCUUUGCUCUGAAUGCAGACGUGGUCCUGACAAGCACGCACCUGUCUUGCUCCAGCACUGCACGGAGUGAAGAAGAGAGAGGGGAGAGACUAGGGCUGGGGGUCACAGAGGGCAGGGGGUACCCUUCCAGAGCACAGUUCCUGGGAGACAGCCCUGCAUCCUGGGUGGUGCCUCGGCUCCCCCAUGGGGCUGGCUCAGACUUCCUCACAGCCCUCUCUGCAGGGUGGACUCUGGGACAGCACUGCUGCCACUCCUCACCUGACCUCGUGUAUCUUCAGGACAGAUCAGGUCUCCUCCUCAGGCCUUACCGUUACGCCAGGAAAGACAACCUCUUCCCCCUCCAUGCCUCCUUCCACCUGGGCCCCUGCCAAGUAGCCUGGCCCCAUGCUGAGUGCUAUGGAGAUGGCCAAAGAACCUCUGCCUUUACAGGAUCAUGUCAUGGGACAGUCAUCCUUGUUCAGAAUUAUGGGGUGGAUGUCAGCUCCAAGUCUUCUUGCCUCUUGUUUCUGUCCACCCAGCACCGAAGGCUGGGAUGCUGCAUAAGAGCCACCCCACUGCCUCAACUGUUCCAACACCUGCCUUCCCUACCUCCGGAACAAGACCAGUCUGCAACCACCUCAAUGAAGCAGCACGCGCCAGCCCUCCCUGGCAGCCUGGUACAUUGGUCCUGUGUUGGCAAGAGUGCCCUGUGUUUGCUUGAGUGUCCACACAGUGCGUGCCGUGUCCCUGUUCUGCUGGAGCUGUGGCAGAUGUCAUCCUUCCCAGAUAAAUGCUGGACGGCUCCAAAACUGGCUUCCCGCCCCGACACUUGGCCUGUUUUCCUUCUGGCUUGCUUAGAGAGGGAAAGAAGCAGUGGGAACAUAAUUGCUAUUGUUUCUUGGCUUCUUCCCGCUUGCCUCAAAGUUUCCUAAUACAGCAAAAUUGCUGAGUGGUCUCUAUUUGUCAAUGAGAAACUGAGAAAAAUAACAUUCAUGCUCUAUUUUCCAUGACCCCCCCCCUUUUUUUCUAAGGCAAGCAUAGAACCAAGUUUACUGAGGAAGAGAAAGGUAGGUUUACAGAGUAAGAGCUAGAUACAGAGCAAGAUACGCUCACCAUAGACAGUGAAUGGGCCUUUCUUGCCAGGGCCAGUGAGCAAAGAGGCCUCCAUGUCCCUUUUGAAUACGGAUCCCCAUAUUGAGAAACAAAUCAAGAAAUAAUUACAUACAAAGGAACACAGUAACCUCUGUAAGUUGACCAUCCAGGGACUGUUACAAACUGGUCAGUAUGCGAGGUGGUCAGCAUAAGAAACCAGGCCUCCUGUACCAAUACGUACAUGUAGUGCAUGUCCAGUCUAUGAAAAUAAGGAGGGGGUCAUUGUAGGGAGGUGGUUAACUAUGGAUGUUCCAUCGUAGUUACAAAACUGAUGAGUGCUUUGAAGUUGAGAGGGCUGUAAUGGUUUAAGUCAAAAGGAGUUUAACCUGUAGGCUAAUACUUCUUUAAAGUAAUUGUUAAAUAAAAAUUG